CCCCAUGCGCUAGCUGGAGGCCUUGGGACUCCAGGCAUUUAUUCUCUCACUGCCAAAUGUGGAGAGUAAGGGGAGCGAUUUCCUUCUCUGGCAGUGGAGGAUUUUAUGAGAUACUCCAGAGGGAGCACCUGGCAGUGAUGAGUGUUAACUAAAAUAAAGCCAUUGAGCCCUGGGCCUGGCGUAUUGUUAGCCUCUCGUACUAUUACGAGUGAUGCCUCAAAUGCCUCGGGCCUGCUGAGGGCCAUAGAGAAGACAGAGAAACUCAGUAAAAACACUCCCUUACCUGUCUUGUCAAAGGUCAUCAAGCCCUGAAGACGCAGCACCGGGGAUCAGGCAGCCCAUGGCAAGCAACAUCUCCCAGUCAGACCUUAGCCUGAAGGAGGCCUGUGAGGCGGGGAACCUGCCAGCCGUGGCCGCCAAGCUGCAGGCCACACUUCACUCGCUAGAGAAUGUCCGGCUGGACAUUGGCAUUACCGGGGGGAUAGGCGCAGGCAAGUCAACCUUUGUCAAUGCCAUCCGGGGGCUGGGAGAUGAGGACCCCGACUCGGCUUGCACGGGAGUGGUGGAAAUGAGCAGGGACCCCAUGCCGUUCCCGCACCCCAAGUACCCCAACGUCAUCCUCUGGGACCUGCCGGGCAUAGGCACACCCACCUUCCAGGCUGACAAAUACCUCCAGCGGGUGCUGCUGGGCCGUUUCGACUUCCUCAUCAUCGUCAGCUCCGAGAGCGUCACUGCCAACCUAGCCCGGCUGGCCCGCGGGAUCCUCCAGGAGGGCAAGCGCUUCUACUUCACUCGCUCCAAGGUGGACGUGGACAUGGCCGCCUCACGCCGCCGCCGCCCCAGCACCUUCUCUGAGGAGGGGGUGCUCAGCCAGAUCCGAGACGACUGUCGGCAGCGGCUGGAGGGUGAGGUGCAGGCUCUGGGGUCUGGGGUGGGUGGACCUGGAGGAUUGCCCGCUCUUUCCCCUUCAUCUUCCAGCGGAGGUCCAGAGUGGGACAAGGGGUCACCUAAGGUCAUACUGCAACUGAAGGAGGCCUCACAGGGAAAUGCUUCCAGCUGUGUUGUGUGCUGCUGCCAGCCAUUAACACUCAGCCUUGUGGCUGGACUAGGCCUCCAGGUUCUUACUAUGAUGGCAGGAUGCCCUCAGCGAUAACCACCAGCAGACUUUGAAAAGAUACCGGUCUAUUACUCACAGGACCUGGAAAUGAGGCAGCACACCUGGGUGAGAGAGAGCACAGGCCUGGGGUGAUGCUUUUAUUGAGAUCGAGGGUGGGGCUUAGGGUUCCACUGGCUCACUCUUUAUUGGUGAAUUUA